AUGGUAGCCGACCGUUCUGAGGGAGGAGAGUCUCCCGGCGCUGUUGCUACGGACCAAAUGGCGCUGAACAAAACACCGGGACUCUUUGGAUAUCUCCGGCUUCUUUUAUACGCGGGUUCGACAUGGCAGGAUGUUGGACUCAUGCUCAUUGGCGGUAUAUGUGCCGCAGCUUCCGGUGUCCCAUUUCCACUCAUGGCCAUCCUGUUCGGCGAGCUGGUAAACGACAUCAACGAAGUGUCAUGCGAAGUGGGCGAGACGGGAACUGCUCAGUCCUAUGAAGCAACCAUCAACGACAAAGUGCUGCAGCUAGUAUACAUCGCCACCGCAGCAUUCGCGCUGAUCUUUAUCUAUGUCGUGUGUUGGAGUCUUCUGAGCCAACGGGUCGCCUAUCGCCUGCGAGAAGAUUACUUUCAAAACCUUCUACGACAGGAUCAAGCGUUCAUUGAUCGGCACCAGGCCGGAGAAGUAUCGUCUCGAUUAAAUGGAGAUAUUCAAGCCGUCCAGUCAGGAAUCUGUGAGAAAGUCGGUAUAUUCAUUGCGGGCCUCUCCUUCUUUGUUGCCGCUUACGUCGUCGCCUUUAUCAAAGAAGCAAGACUUGCGGGCAUGCUCAUAUCUCUUGUGCCUGCAUUUCUCCUCGUCGCCAUAGUCGGCGGUGGGUUCUUCCAGAAGUUUUCGAGUCGAAUGUCUGAUGCUGUUAUUUCUGCUUCCUGCAUCGCCUCUGAGAUGUUGUCCAAUUUUACCGUUGUCAAGGCUUUUGAUGCAGGGCCACGAUUGGAGAAGAAGUUCGCUCAGCAUAUGGCUCAGAGUCGCAGAGAAGGCAUCAAGAAGGGGAUCGUGGCGGGCAUUCAAGCGGGUAUGCUUUAUUUUAUCGCUUACUCUGCUAAUGCUCUUGCCUUUUGGCAGGGCAGCCACAUGAUUACGGAAAUGCUCGCGGGGCGGGGUGACGGGUCGACACUUGGCGAGAUAUACACCGUCGUCUUCAUUCUUGUUGACGCCUGCGUCGUAUUGGGUUCAACCGCCCCUUUGCUGCCCAUUUUUGGCACCGCCGCAACCGCAUUCGAGAAAUUGAAGAAAGAUAUUGAUCAUAAAUCCCAAAUCGAGGGUACUUCGGACGUCGGCCACGUCGUUUCCCCGGAUUCCCCAGGCACCAUCAAGUUUCAUAAUGUCUCGUUUGCUUAUCCAUCUCGCCCUGAAGAGUCAGUCCUCCGAAACAUUAACAUCACCUUCCGAGGCGGAAAGCAUACAGCGAUCGUGGGGCCUUCCGGGAGCGGUAAGUCCACAAUUGCAGCCUUGAUAACUCGUCUGUACGACCCCAUGGAAGGGGACAUCACUUUUGACGAUCAUUCACUGUCUGAUAUCAAUAUCAGAAGCUUAAGGGGCUUCUGCGGCCUAGUACAACAAGAACCCGUUCUUCUUAAUGGCGAAAUUCUGCAAAACAUAGCUCUUGGACUUGCCGGUUCUUCGGCACCGUCACAUCGCAAAUUCAAAAACGAGCUUCUAGGACCGAGGCUCGCGGAAAUGGCAAAAGAGGAAACAGAUCCUACGAAUAGCACUCUAUCACACAGUCUUCUCACCUCCGAGAUUCUUCAUCUAGUGCAACAAGCAGCGAAUCUCGCAGAUGCCGACACAUUCAUCCAACGCCUCGACCGUGGCUAUAAUACGUUAGUUGGCUCUGGAGGCCAGUCAAUCAGUGGCGGCCAAAGACAAAGAAUUGCACUCGCACGAGCGCUUAUUCGGAAUCCCAAAGUAUUGAUUUUAGACGAAGCCACGGCGUCAUUGGAUUCAUCUAGCGAGCAGCGAAUUCAAGCAGCAAUCAACCAAAUUGUCGGGAGCAGAACCGUGAUCUCUAUUACACAUCGGCUCUCCACCAUUAAGACUGCCGACAACAUAAUUGUCAUGAAAGGUGGCGAGGUUAUUGACCAAGGUACUUACGAUGAGUUGAUGGCUCGGGUGGGCGUGUUCGCGGACAUGGUCAAGUUGCAGGCACUCGACGCCUCGCAUCCCGGGCCUCCAAGCAAUGCACAAUCAAACUCAGGCUCCAGAAACUCCUCCUUAGCCCUUUCGUCCGAGAUGGCAGACACGAGUCAUGGUAUUGACAGCGGUUCGAUCCAUUCCCUUCAUGAUACAUUGCCUCCAGACAGAGAAACUGCCGAAGACGAACAUGACGCCUCCAAGUUAAGAGACAUUGAUCUGGACUCCAGUCUUUCACCCGGAAUAGUAAUAAAAGGGAUGGGUCGGUAUACAAGGCCCAAUCUCAUUUGGUUGGCCAUGGCUGUGGUCGCUGCCAUCAUAGUUGGCUGUACAUUCUCAGCAUCAGGUCUCAUUUUUGGACACACCGUCGAUGCUCUCAGCCCGUGCAGUGUCAAUAUAGACCGCAUCUUAUUUCUCGGUCGAUUCUUCGGUGGCAUGUUGUUUAUGCUUGCGGCUGUGGAGUUUUUGGCCAACUGGAUUAGCUGGUCUUCUUUCGGCAUCGUUGCGGAGAGACUACUAUACACAAUGAGAGUUCUAACUUUCCGUUCCUUGUUGGAGCAAAAUAUAGAAUGGCAUCAGUCUGUUUCUCGGCCCCCGUCGUCCCUCUUAUCCGUCAUCACAAAAGACAGUGCCGCCAUUGGAGGAUUUAGCGGCUCAACGAUUGGGACAAUUCUUUCAAUCCUCGUCAACUUCCUUGUUGCCAUAAUCCUCUCUCACAUUGUUGCGUGGAAGAUUGCGAUUGCGUGUCUCACAAUGGUGCCGAUCCUCUUGGGUUCCGGAUUUAUGCAGCUGUACAGCAUUUCACGUUUCGAGGAGCGCAACUCUCAGGCUUUCACAGAAGCUGUCGGGAUAUGCACGGAGGCCGUUACAUCCUUCAAAACUGUGGCAACGUUCUCCCUCGAGCGUGAAGUCAUGGGGACGUACCGUCGAGCUCUAAGCAACCCACGAAAAGAGAUCCUUGCUGCCAGUAUUUAUACCAACUUCUGGCUGGCAAUCGCAAAUUGCACAGGGUUUUUUGUUUAUGCUUUUGCUUAUUGGUGGGGUUCUCAUCUGAUCAUCAAGGGAGAAAACUCGCAGCAACAAUUCUUCAUCAUUCUGGUGGCCAUGCUGGUGAGUGCGCAACUUUGGGGCCAAAUGUUCACCCUUGCGCCUGAAAUAUCCCGCGCUCGUGCAUCCGCGUCGCGAAUUCUCAGCCUGAUUGGAGCUAGUUCUCGCCAAGAUGAGCUGCCAUCAUUCACAGUUCCAGAACAGUCAACCAGCACCAUUCAUGCCAGCGAUGUCGAAAAGGUGGCUGCAGUAGAUGUCAUGACCUCUUUGGGACCUCUUCGUGGGGCCGGCGUGGCCUUCCGAUCCGUUUCCUUCUCGUAUCCUUCAAGCCCAAGUACACUGGUCCUGGAGGAUGUUUCCUUUUCAGUCCAACCAGGUCAGUUUUGUGGUCUCGUUGGUCCCUCGGGCGCUGGAAAAUCCACUAUCAUCAGCUUGAUCCAGCACAUGUAUGAGUCUUCCUCCGGUAGCGUGGAAAUCGAUGGCGUAAACGUUUCGCACAGAGAUUUCCGUGAUGAUAUCGCGGUUGUCCCCCAAGAUCAUGCUCUCUUUAGUGGAACCAUCAAAUUCAAUGUCGGGUUGGGAGCCAAGAGAGGCCAUGAGGCAACCGGGGUCGAAAUCAAAGAAGCAUGCGAACUGGCAAAGAUUCAUGAUACAAUAAUGGCGCUGCCGCAGCAAUACGACACAGAGUGUGGCCCCAGUGGCUCCCAACUGUCCGGCGGUCAAAGGCAACGGUUGACAAUUGCGCGGGCUCUUAUCCGCAAGCCCAGAAUUUUACUUCUCGACGAGAGCACCAGCGCCCUGGACGCCGAGACAGAGCACGCUCUCCAGGACAGCCUGGACCGAUCAAUUCGCGGGUCAGGUAUCACGGUCAUUGCCAUCACACAUCGCUUGCAUACGGUGACGAAGGCUGAUGUUAUCUUCGUCGUCGAGGGUGGUAGAAUAGUCGACUCGGGAAGCCAUGCUGAAUUGGUGCAAAGGUGUGAGAGCUAUAGGAUCAACGCGCAGCAGCAGAUGCUCCGAUAG